CAGUUUACGAUGGCGUUUUAUCGAUAACUUGAUGUCGCAUCACUAGCGAUCGCGUGUUGAGCGCAUCACCACUGUCCUGUGAACCGGGUGGCGUGGGGUGGCUAUAGUUUGUGGUUGUGGUAGAAUAAUAUUGAAAACUGUUUUUUUUUCGUAAGGCCAUAAAAAAGGGUUUCUUCCUGAAGAAAUAAUAUAAGUUUAUUUAUGUUAGUAAACGUUUCCCGUAAGUCUUUUAAUAGCUAAAUAACUGCAUUAUGAAGUUUAUGAAGGCAACUCGUUGCGAUGUGUCUGAAGAAAGAUUGCUAUUGCUACCGUUCCUUGCUUUCCGCUACUAUCUUUCUUGCGAUUUUAGACAAUUAUUUCAGUUAACUGUAAAAUAAUAUACAAUACCAACAUAAUUACAUAUUUAGAAACAACAACAAACGACUUACAAAAUUACUAAUACCUACUGACAAAGUCAUGUCCAGUCUACGAACAGCAGUCAAACGGAAAAUAUACUUACUCAUCGCAUAUUCACCCUAAAAUCUAGACUGUUUACCUCCACAAAUAGGCACAUACAAAAGUGUACAAUUUUAUCGGCCAUCAUGGUUACCCCAGCACAACCAUAGCAGUUUCAGUAGCAUAGCGCUUUCAGUAAGCUAAACGCCGUGACAAGGCGAUGUUGCCCAACCUACGUAAAUCCUACGAAUAUUUCACGUCAAUCUUUAUACAUUGACGACUUUGUGUGAAGACAUUUAAGUAUCAAUAGUGCAUAACACGCAAAGUAUAUGAAAUUAAACGGCUAAGAAAAAGGAUCGUGUUGUUUAUUUUUCGGUAGAGUUUAUCGAGUUUUUUAAACGUUUGAAUUUAGAAUAGUAAAUAGCGAUGGUGUAAGAAAACGUGGACGAAGUAAAAUGUGCCUUAAAGUAGUUGAGUAUAAAGUUGAAAGUUGACAAUGAAACUUGUGAGUUUAUGUUAUGAAAACAUAAAGUUUUGAAAAUGAACGCAUGGUCAGGAGAAGAGGGGGAUGUUAUGGGACCAACAGUUACUCGAGCAGGCAGUGCCAAGCCAAACACCCCUCCUCUCAAAAACGGCAAUGAUUUGAGAGAAUCGGGAUAUUUAAUAGCAGUCGGCUCCAGAACAUCCAGGUUCCGAAGAAAAUACAAGAAAAGAAUACCAUUUCUAGUCAUUAUAAUAAUAUUUAUCUUAUUACUACUAGCGUUUAUAAUUAUUUCAAUUUUAUAUGCAUUAGCAAUACAUAGAAAGCCAGUACGUACAUGCAGGAGUAGAGAAUGCCUGCGCUCUGCAGCCAAUCUCGCGUUGUCCAUGGACCUCAACGCGGACCCUUGCGAGAACUUCUAUCAGUUUGUCUGCGGUAACUGGGGUUCCGAUCAUCCACGGCCUGACGCCUAUCGGUCUUACGACUGGUUCCGAGACAAGCAAACCAAGGUGUAUAGCAUAGUGAGGGACUUCCUCAACAGGAAUAGUAGUCAUCAGCCCAAACCUGUGCUGCAGGCUAAGGAUAUGUAUAGGGCGUGUAUGAAUACCAAAGAGCUAGACAAAAGAGGACUUAAACCAGUGAUAACCAUCCUAGAAUCACUAGGUCUCCCUCCAUUCCCAACGUUUAUAAAUGUGACAGAGGAUUUCGACUACUCAGCAUACACCUUCGACUGGUUAGAGACAGUCAUUAAGGUGAAAACGCAAAUAGGUAUGGAUGUACUCAUAGGAUUCGAUAUCUAUACGGACCCGAAGAAUUCUUCGGUUUAUAGACUGAUUAUGGGAUCUCCUGAAACUACUAAUCCGUUUCCGAGUACACACACCGAAAGAAAACGCCACAGAAGGCAUUUCAACGACUUAAAAAGUUAUAUAAAGGAAGCAACAGACUUUUUAUCCAAAAUGGAACAUAAAAGUAGUAAAUCUGACGAAGAAGACGAGAAAGUAGCAGAAAUACUAAAGAUAUUUUAUGCAGAACUUAUGAAACUGUUCGUUUUAGAAGCAGAUGGACUUAAAAGUUCUAAAUUAAGUGAAAUUGAAUUAGACCAGAAUGUUAUAUUAGCUGCAAGUGAAUAUUUUGAAACGAACAGGGAUUUAUACGAUCUAGAAACCGACAAUACUACAUCAGAACUCGAGAGUUCAGAUGAUGCUGGCUAUCUUAUCAUACCUGAUUACACAGUGGAUGAAAUACAAGCUCAUACUGAUGCAGUAGUUGAAAGCAACAACGGUACAGCCUCUCCUAUAUGGAAGAAGUAUUUAGAAGGAUUGUUCAAUAUCAGUAACACUGUACUGGACUUUGAAACUGAUAAGAUAUUGGUAUCUGAACCAGAUUUGAGGUACAUGUCGUUGAUGGCUGCUUAUGUAUCGAAGACCCCGCCCGUUGUACUGGAGCUUUAUAUUUGGGUUAAGGUAGUAGAAGUAAUGUCAGUCCACACAACGACGGAGCUCCGCAACUUAUUCCAGCGCGCGUACGAGCAGAGUCACGCGGACGACUCCGUGCCGCCGCGGUCGCUGCACUGCGCUAAUGCUGUCAAUGAUAUGAUGGGCAUGGCUGUGUCUUAUGGCAUCGCUGAUCGACACUUCAUUAAUGUUACUAAGCCUAAGGUUAUAACAAUGAUCGAAGAACUAAAGGAUUCUUUAGCACACUUGGUCGGACAAGCGCGUUGGAUGGAUGACAACACGAAAAUAGCGACUUACCAGAAAAUCAUCGAAAUGAAGUCUCUCAUAGGAUUCCCAGACUGGCUGCUAGAGGAAGGCAAACUAGACGAAUAUUAUGAAGGAAUAGAAAUAGACAGUGACAAGCAUUUGGAAAACCUCAUCAAAAUAAAUCAAGUGAAAACUAGGAAUGUACUGAAUAGGUUUAGAGGAGUGAACAAUUUCUCUUGGGCCACUGAUCCUACUGAAGUUAAUGCUUAUCAUACGUUUCAAGAAAAUACUAUUACUGUCCCUAUGGUGAUGUUACAACAUCCCUUCUAUGAUUUAGGACUCGACUCACUAAACUACGGUUCCCUGGGGACUGUUCUGGGGCAUGAAAUCACACACGGCUUCGAUAACUUUGGCCGUCAAUUCGACAAGAACGGCAACAUGCUCCCCUGGUGGUCGAACAGCACGAUCGACUCGUUCGUCAACAUGACGCAGUGCUUCGUCGACCAGUACUCCUCGUACUACGUGCCCGAGCUCGAUGAUCAUAUAGACGGCAAACAAACUCUAGGAGAGAACAUAGCAGACAAUGGCGGCUUGAGAGAAGCUCUCGCGGCGCUGAAGCAUCACCUCAAGAGACGAGGGCCCGAGCCCAAGCUACCGGGCUUUGAGAAGUUGACGCCUGAACAACUGUUCUUCUUGUCUUAUGGGAAUCUCUGGUGUGGCGUAUCAACGCGGGACUCUCUGAAGGCAGACUUAGAAGACGAGCACUCCCCGCAACAGUUCCGCGCUCGCGGCGCGCUGCAGAACAGCGCGGAGUUUGCUCGAGCGUGGGACUGCCCGCCCGGCUCUAAAAUGAACCCUAGCAAACGAUGCAUUAUAUUUUAAAGGAUGCAUACUGGUGGAUCCAAGUUAAAAGAUACUUUAUUUGUAUAAACAUGGGUUUUCCACACGAUAAAGCCAGUUUUGUAAAAAUAUCUGUACGAACUUAAUGUCUUAGAGAAAAUCUAAAGUGGAAAUGUAGUCUUAAAAAUCUGAAGUCUGAGUGACUUUUUUGUGUGCUGGCUUAUCAAAGACUCAGACUUUUGUAUGCACCGAUUUGCUGUGCAGACAAAAUGCUAUGAAAAUCUGCGUCAAGUUGGUAUCGUGUAGAACCACUUUUGUACUUUAGAGUUAGCUUCUUCAGUAUCGAGGUUUUAGAGGUCGUCACUACCGAUGUUCUUCAAGACGAACCCUUUUAAAGGAGUACGGAAAAAUGAUUUUCAUGACCAUGAUUUUAGUCAAUGCAAAAUAAAAGCAGUUAUAUUUCAAGUUAAUAUUUAUUUACUUGUGAUAAAACUAGCUGAGAGUGUUAAAAUAAGACACAUGUGCCUUGCAUAAUUGGCCUUCAAAGAUAUAAUAUACAAGAUACAAAGCUUGAAUUUGGGGAAAGCUUACUAAGUAAAUAGACCUUGUAGCAAAAUAAAUUGGUGUAAGUACAGUUUAGUGUUCCCCAAAAAGUAAUUGAAAUAGUGAUAAGCAGUAAUGUAUUGUGAAAUGUGUGUGCCAUAGAUUUAAAUAUAGACCUAGUUUAGUAUUUUAUACGCCUAGCUUGUGUGUGUUUACUAUAAGUUUUAUCAAUAAGACAAGGAAAACUUAUAUCGCACAAUUUUUUGACUGAUCUGUGGUUUUUGCACUUUAAUAUUUUUCCAAUCAUUUGUGUGUUUUCUCAAACUGUUGUCUUUGCCAACGACUUUGUGAUUUUAUUACAUUAAAUAUCUGAAAUGUUA